AUGCAACCCCCAGAGCGCAAGCCUUCUCGGUCACUGAAAGAUCUCUUGGCUUUAACGAUCGAUAACCGUCUGUACUCGCGUCAGGGGCACCACCGGCAUCACGCCCAAUUUCACUCUGACGAGUCCGACUCCGAUUGCCCGGCAUUGAAGGUUGCUGUGGACUGUGGACUGUGCCUUCAGAUCACAGGUGUAGCGACAACCUACCUGCCCGGACGCCCCGAGGGCUGCCACCUACCACCAGAGGCACCACCUACGACGCCCGACCACGGCACCAUCAUCACCACCAACACCGACCGGCACUCAAGUCCCCGUACAUACCUUAUCCCCACGCUUGAAUCGAGUCCCCGCCCACCUGCCGCCAACCUGUGCCCGUCGCGCAUGCGGUUCCUGAAGCGCCUCAACAUCCUCCCUCUCCGAUCGCGCACCCGCCAUAUCGCCGACUUCCAUAUCCGGCCCGACGACCCUCACCGCAAAUACAGUGCCGGCGAACAUGUCCAGGGCGCCGUGGUCCUGACCGUCGUCAAGCCCGUCCGCAUCACGCACCUGACCGUUUUGCUGCACGGCUACGUACGUGUCUACAAGGGACCCGGCGCUCAAAAUAACGAGCCCGUUCGAAGCCCAGCUGAAAUUCAGAACCUCAGCAGCCGAGGGGAGCGCAGGAAAUACUAUAAUGGCUAUGCGUCGCUGUUUCAGGACGAGCAGGUUCUCAGCUCCGAUGGCCGGCUGGAGCCCGGAAGAUACGAGUUCAACUUUGAUCUGCUCUUCCCAGCAGACGGCCUCCCCAGCAGCAUCGAUUUUGAACGUGGUACGAUAUCUUACAUGAUCACAGCAACACUAACACGGCCGACAUCGGUGGCCCCAACAACUAGCUGCGAACGCAAAAUCUACUUGGCCGAGAAGCUGGAUGUCGGACUACUUGCUCCUCCCAAGGCUCAGACUGUUGACCUUCGACCCAUUGCGAAACGAAGCAAGAAGAAACGAUCAGCCGGUGGAGAUGGGCGCUCGGUGAUUUCCUCGGAACGCCUGUCUGCUGAUGUACCAGAACCAUUGUCAGACGGAGAAUCGGCAAGGAUAAACGACACGUCGACCGAAGGUUCUCUAUCAGUGGUCGGCGAUGACGUUGGUCAAGAGAGCUUUAGCCAAACUCCGCGGAGCGUUUCACACAGCGAUGUGCGAAGUCUCAGUGGUGAUAGUGCCGCGAGUCUCAGCACGCACCCGAGCAGAGCACAUAGCGAGACAACCCAACUAGCGAUCGUGGGGUCCGCCAUGACAGGGAAGCGCAUAUCCUUUGCCGACGAAAGAACCAUCAAGUUGACAGUGGAGGUGCUGAAAGGAGGAGCCCUACCCGGUGACAUGAUACCCGUCAAAGUAUCGGUUAACCACAUCAAGAGAAUCAAAAGUAUGCAUGGUGUCAUAGUCACACUGUUCAGACAAGGGCGCAUCGACUCGUCCCCGCUUCAGCUCUCCAAAGAGGAUUGGAAAAGGGCGGAAUCAGAUGACUAUUACUACCCCAAAUCCAGGACGGGUCUCAGCGGCCUUUCCCUGUCGUCUGCGGGUUCCUGCAGCAUGUUUCGAAAGGAUCUGUCACAGGCAUUUGCGCCUCUUAUUACAGAUCCGCUAAAUUUUUCUGCCACUUUGACGACUUCAGUACGAGUACCAGAGGACUCUUUCCCUACUAUUAAAGGUACACCGGGAGAGAUGAUUAGUUUCAAGUACUAUAUCGAAGUCAUCGUGGACCUGGGCGGCAAGCUCGCCCAUCAUCUACAAGGUGCAGCGCCUUCCGGUUCACGGGUGGGAGCCACUGGUGUAAUAAGAAAUCCUUACGAGAAUGCUGACACACUGCCAUUGUGGGGGGCGACGGGGAGCACAAGUAUCCUAGAUACAGAUCACCUCAAAAGGGUACAAGGGGUCAUUCCAGGAUACUACGAGGUCAUUGUCGGCACAACCGACAGCAACCGGUUACGAGGAAAGGGUCUGCAAAGACCCGGCCUUAUACAUACACCAUCUGUCGCUGGCGGACCCAGCUACAUGGGAAAUGAGAACAACGAGAAGGGUGGUUGGCCGAAUAGCAUGCAUGACGAUGACGGAUACGGUCCCGAGUCGGCAAACCCGGAUGACGACUAUGCAUCGCGCCCUCCACAAACGACUCACCCACACGAUCAUGUCCACCAGCUACCAUAUUGGAAUUAUGUUCCCGACUCAUCACCGCAAGAGCAAGAGAUACCCGCGCCACACUAUAUACCACCACCCGACCUACCUGAUGAGAACAGUCUCACGGAAAAGGAGCGCAUCAGACGUGCCGAACAACGCCUGCUACCCAGCCAGCCAUCAAUAGCGGGACCAUCAUCAUCGUCUGCCGCCCUACCCUCACCAUCUACCUCCAAUUACGUCAUGGACUCGUCCUUACUACUAAACGGAGACAACAUCUACGACGCAGAAGACGACGUACCGACACCAGCUGCCACACCGGCAACAGCACCACCAUUCGAGGACACUCUUGUACCGGAAUACACACCAACACCAGCAGAGGACCUACCAUCUGCCCCAACACUCGAAGAGCUCGAUCAACCACCGCCAAUAUCCCGAGGGUCUUCCCACCACCCUCUAAGCGCCACCGAAGAUAAACAAGAACUCGAACGGAGGCGGCUACUAGCCGAGGCCAGCGCACCACCCGAGUUCCCAGCAGAUUAUAUCCCCGACGAAGGCGGAGGGCCAGUAACACCAGCUGGCUCCUCCUCUGGAGCUGGGUCAGGGCCUUCCGCACCGCCAUCAGCCCCACCCGCAGCUUUUGAACCCUCGGCACCCGUGUUCUUCGAGGAUGACGAAGACUAUCACAGCGGCGGAUAUACCGCCGCUGGUCCCGGUGUUCCUAGCGGAAGCGGCGGGGGCCACGAAGAGGAAAUUGUGCCGGAAUAUACGUACAACAAUCACCAAUCUGGAUCUGUAGGGACGGUAAUGGUUGUUGGCGGUCCGUCAACUUCGGUUCCGGGGUUAGGGAUGGGUUCAGGCUCAGGCUCAGGACCUGCACACGAUCCGUCACGGGAACAGGAACAGCAAGCAAGGUCGGAUUCUUCGAGUCCACCGCCUAUUGAGUACUUGCCGCGGUAUGAGCGAUGA